AAUGCCGUGUGAUGGCAGCGCGGGUUCUGGCUGGGGCCCUGGCCCUGGCGCUGUGGGGCUGGACGCUGUGUCCCGCGGGGGCCCUGGACGCCAUGGGCCCUCACGCGGCGGUCCGCCUGGCCGAGCUGCUGACCCCGGAGGAGUGCGGCCAUUUCCGGUCGCUCCUGGAGGCGCCCGAGCCCGACGUCGAGGCCGAGCUGGCCAGACUUUCCGAGGACCGGCUGGCGCGGGCCGAGCCGCUGGAGCCCACGGAACCGUCGGGGUCGAAGGGCGGGCUGAGGCGGCGGCGGGAGGCGACGGCCGACCCGGAGGGCCCGUCGACCGAGCCCGCGGAGGUCUCCGACGGCUGCCGGGAGGCGCUGGCGGCCUGGCUGGCUACCUUGGCCCCGACACUGUCUUGGGACCGGGUGGCCCGGGCCCUGCGGCGCAGCGGCCGUCCGGACGUGGCCCGGGAGCUGGGCAAGAAUCUCCACCAGCAGGCGACGCUGCAGCUGCGCAAGUUCGGUCAGUCCUACCUGCCGCCGCCAGGCGCCGCCGAGCUCCCGGCCCCCGCCCCGGCCCCCGCCCCCGCCCCCGCCCCGGCCCCGCGCCCCCGCCGCGCCUUGGUCCCCGCGCCCAACUGGGAUGAGCUGGAGCUGAUCGUGGAGCGACUGCCCCCGGCCCCGUACGCGCGGAGCCCCACAGGCUGGGCCCGGCCGCUGGCGCUCGGCCUCCUCACCGGCUUCGUGGGGGCGCUGGGCACCGGGGCGCUGCUCAUCCUGUUCACGCUGUGGCUCACGGGCGGUGACGGGGCGCGGCCUGGCUGCCCGAGCCCGCCCGCAGCUCUCCUGUUCAGGACCCCGGAAGCUCAUGGCCUGUGGGAGACAAAGCCGCUUCUUCACCAAAGAGAGCUCGCGUCUCCGGGAGCCGGGGCCCACUCGGCCUGGGCUGCAGCUACGCCAGAUCCUCCCUGGCUUCAGUGCCCCUAG